AAAAAGUAGAAAAAAAAUAAGUGAACAUUACUUUGGCUAAAGGAAAGCACAAGACGGUGAGCUUCGCUUCGUAUCGUUCGCCUAAUAAGUCAGUAAAAUCCCUAAAAAAAAAAAGGAAAAAUCCCCAUUACAUCUCCUCUCUUCGUAAUCUUGGAACAAUGAUCCAUCGAAUGGUUGGUUCUUGCUCUCAGACUUAGACCUUGACGCCUGAGCACGCAGAGAUCGGGCCGCGAGAGAAAAAAGAAAAAAAACAAAAACCUAAAACAAAAAGUCAAUUGCUUUGUGGCGGCAGAAAGAAAGAGAGUUGCGGAGUGAAUCGAUCUUUUGGUGGAAGGAAAGAGAGGGAGUCUUCUUGAUGGGUGAAUUCAACAGUGGUGGUCAACCACCUUUGCCUGACGACGACGGAAACGCUCCUCCCCUUCCCGAAAAGGUUCAGGUCGGUGGUUCCCCAAUGUACAAAUUAGAUAGAAAGCUAGGCAAAGGAGGUUUCGGACAAGUUUAUGUUGGUCGGAAGAUGGGUCCUGCCACUGUUAACGCUAGAUUUGGCCCCGGAGCUAUGGAGGUGGCUUUGAAGUUUGAGCAUAGAAGCAGCAAAGGAUGUAACCAUGGGCCACCUCAUGAGUGGCAAGUUUACAAUGCUCUUGGUGGCAGUCAUGGCGUGCCACGAGUUCAUUAUAAAGGUCGUCAAGGAGAUUUUUACAUAAUGGUUAUGGAUAUACUAGGGCCUAGCUUGUGGGAUGUUUGGAACAGCACCAGUCAAGCGAUGUCAACAGAGAUGGUUGCUUGCAUCGCGAUUGAGGCAAUAUCCAUUUUGGAAAAGAUGCAUUCUAGGGGAUAUGUGCAUGGUGAUGUUAAACCGGAGAAUUUUCUGCUUGGGCCUCCUGGAACUCCUGAGGAGAAAAAACUUUUCCUUGUUGACCUCGGCUUAGCAAUCAGAUGGCGCGAUAAUGCUACUGGACAACAUGUUGAAUAUGAUCAGCGUCCUGAUGUGUUUAGAGGAACGGUGCGUUAUGCAAGCGUACACGCUCAUCUUGGCAGAACUUGUAGUCGGAGGGAUGACCUGGAAUCUCUUGCUUACACUCUUGUUUUCCUUCUUCGAGGCAGGCUUCCAUGGCAAGGCUACCAGGGAGAGAACAAAGGCUUCCUCGUUUGCAAGAAGAAGAUGGCUACUUCCCCAGAAACUCUUUGUUGCUUUUGCCCCCAGCCUUUCCGUGAAUUUGUCGAGUAUGUGGUCAAUUUGAAGUUUGAUGAGGAGCCUGACUAUGCUAAGUAUAUUUCCCUUUUCGAUGGAAUAGUCGGACCAAACCCAGACAUUAGGCCAAUUAAUACUGAUGGUGCACAGAAGCUCGUACAUCAAGUGGGUCAAAAGAGAGGGAGGUUGACAAUGGAUGAGGAGGACGAACAGCCAACAAAGAAGGUCAGGUUGGGAAUGCCAGCGACACAAUGGAUCAGCAUUUACAGUGCUCACAGACCAAUGAAGCAAAGAUAUCACUAUAACGUUGCUGAUAUAAGGCUCCCACAGCACAUCGAAAAGGGAAAUGACGAUGGGCUAUUUAUCAGCAGUGUGGCUUCUUGCUCGAAUCUCUGGGCUGUAAUCAUGGACGCAGGAACUGGCUGUACGGCCCAAGUUUACCAGCUGUCACCAAGCUUUCUCCACAAGGAAUGGAUUAUGGAACAAUGGGAAAAAAAUUACUACAUCACAGCAGUAGCUGGAGCAAACAAUGGAAGCUCAUUUGUGGUUAUGUCCAAGGGGACCCCGUAUCUACAGCAGUCCUACAAAGUGAGCGAUUCUUUUCCCUUCAAGUGGAUAAAUAAAAAGUGGAGGGAAGGGUUCUAUGUCACAUCAAUGGCCACUGCUGGAAGCAAAUGGGGGAUUGUUAUGUCUCGUGGAGCUGCUUUUUCGGACCAGGUAGUAGAACUAGAUUUUCUAUACCCCAGUGAAGGUAUACAUCGUCGAUGGGAAAAUGGCUACAGAAUUACAUCAAUUGCUGGAACUUGUGAUCAGUCUGCCUUUGUUCUUAGUGUGCCAAGAAGGAAGCCUAGUGAUGAGACACAGGAGACUCUUAGAACUUCUGCUUUUCCUAGUAAUCAUGUCAAGGAAAAGUGGGGCAAGAAUCUUUACAUUUCGUCCAUUUGUUACGGUCGAACUGUUUCAUGAAGUUGUUCUAGUUUUUUUGUUUACGAAUGCAAGUCAAUUUUAGCUUUUUUAUCCAUCCAUACAUCCGCGCUCAGUGAGAAUGAACAAAAACAGUGAUGCUAUGGGCUUAGGAGAAUAUUUUAGCAAGGAUGAAUGGAAGAUGUACUUCACUACUGUUUGUUUUGGAGGAAUAAGUUUAAAAUUUCUUAGAUUAAAAAAAAAGAGAGAGGAUAGCUCACUAUUAUCAAUCUAUCUUCAAAAUAAUGUUUUUUUAA